AUGCUGGGGACCAAGGCCUACAUAUUCUUUCUCCUGGUCCUGGAGGUCACCCCUGUGUUGGGGAGGCAGACGAUGCUCACUCAGUCAGUGAGAAGAGUCCAGCCUGGGAAGAGGACCCCCAACGCUCUUGCCAGGCCUGCUGACCCACUGGAGAGUCCUGGUGAGUGGACAACAUGGUUUAACAUUGACCACCCAGGUGGGCAGGGUGACUACGAGCGGCUGGAUGCCAUUCGCUUCUAUUACGGGGACCGUGUGUGUGCCCGGCCCCUGUGGCUAGAGGCUCGGACCACCGACUGGAUACCUGCCGGCAGCACAGGCCAGGUGGUCCAUAGCAGCCCCCAUGAGGGCUUCUGGUGCCUCAACAGGGAGCAGCGGUCCGGCCGGAACUGCUCCAACUAUACUGUGCGCUUCCUCUGCCCACCAGGGUCCCUGCGCCGGGAUGCAGAACGCACCUGGAGCCCAUGGUCUCCCUGGAGCAAGUGCUCAGCUGCCUGUGGUCACACCGGGGUGCAGACCCGUACGCGUACCUGCCUGGCAGAGACGGUGUCCCUGUGUAGUGAGGCCACUGAGGAAGGCCAGCUGUGCGUGGGCCAGGACUGUGCAGCCUGUGACCUGACCUGCUCCAUGGGCCAGGUGAACGCCGACUGUGAUGCCUGCAUGUGCGAGGACUUUGUGCUGCAAGGGGCCAUCUCCCUCCCUGGGGGUGACCCAGCCUCAGGUGCCACUGUCUACCUGUUGACGAAUACCCCAAAACAACUGACCCAGACAGACAGCAGGGGAAGGUUCCGCAUCCCUGGCCUGUGCCCUGAUGGCAAAAGCAUCCUGAAGAUCACAAAAGCCAAGUUUGCUCCCAUCAUUCUCACAAUGCCUAAGACUAGCUCGAAGGCAGCCACCAUCAAUGCACAGUUCAUGAGAGCAGAGACUCCAUACAUUGUGAUGAAUCCAGAGACGAAAGCGCGGAGGGCUGGGCAGAGCGUGGCCCUAUGCUGUAAAGCCACGGGGAAGCCCAGCCCAGACAAGUAUUUCUGGUACCACAAUAACACGCUGCUGGAUCCCUCCCUGUACAAGCACGACAGCAAGCUGGUGCUGAAGAACCUGCAGCAGGCCCAGGCUGGGGAGUACUUCUGCAAGGCCCAGAGUGAUGCUGGGGCUGUGAAAUCCAAGAUCUCCCAGCUGAUUGUCAUAGCCGCUGAUGAGACUCCUUGUAACCCAAUUCCGGAAAGUUACCUUAUCCGGCUGCCCCAUGACUGCUUCCAGAAUGCCACCAACUCCUUCUAUUACGACGUGGGCCGCUGCCCCGUGAAGACCUGCGCGGGACAGCAGGAUAAUGGGAUCAGGUGCCGGGAUGCUGUGGAGAACUGCUGUGGCAUCUCAAAGACAGAGGAGAGGGAGAUCCAAUGCACUGGGUACACACUGCCCACCAAGGUGGCCAAGGAGUGCAGCUGUCAGCGCUGCACCGAGACCCGGAGUAUUGUCCGGGGCCGAGUUAGUGCUGCUGACAAUGGGGAGCCCAUGCGCUUUGGCCACGUCUACAUGGGGGGCAACCGUGUGAGCAUGACUGGCUAUAAAGGCACUUUCACCCUCCAUGUCCCCCAGGACACUGAGAGGCUGGUGCUUACGUUUGUGGACAGGCUGCAGAAGUUUGUCAACACCACCAAAGUGCUGCCCUUCAACAAGAAGGGGAGCGCCAUAUUCCAUGAGAUCAAGAUGCUUCGGAGGAAAGAGCCCAUCACCCUGGAAGCCCUGGAGACCAACAUAAUCCCUCUGGGGGAGGUGAUUGGUGAAGACCCUGUGGCUGAGCUAGAGAUUCCAUAUAAGAGUUUCUACAGGCAGAAUGGGGAGCCCUACACAGGAAAAGUGAAGGCCAGCGUGACCUUCCUGGAUCCCCGGAAUAUUUCCACAGCCACAGCUGCCCAGAGUGACCUGAACUUCAUUAAUGAUGAAGGUGACACCUUACCCCUGCGGACAUACGGCAUGUUCUCCGUGGACUUCAGAGAUGAGGCUACGUCAGAGUCACUCAGUGUUGGCAAGGUGAAGGUCCACCUUGACUCAACCCAGGUCAAGAUGCCAGAGCACAUGCCAAUGAUGAAACUCUGGUCACUCAACCCAGACACCGGCCUGUGGGAGGAGGAAGGUGACUUCAAAUUUGAAAGCCAAAGACGGAGAAAGAGGGAAGAGCGGACCUUCCUGGUGGGCAACAUGGAGAUCCGCGAGAGGAGGCUCUUUAACCUGGAUGUUCCUGAAAGCAGGAGGUGCUUUAUCAAGGUGAGGGCCUACCGCAGUGAAAGGUUCUUGCCCAGUGAGCAGAUCCAGGGGGUCGUGGUCUCUGUGAUCAACUUGGAGCCCAGGACUGGCUUCUCCUCGAACCCCAGAGCCUGGGGCCGUUUUGACAGUGUCAUCACAGGCCCCAAUGGAGCCUGUCUGCCUGCCUUCUGCGAUGAUCAGUCCCCUGAUGCCUAUUCCGCCUAUGUUUUGGCAAGUCUGGCUGGGGAGGAAAUGGAAGCCGUGGAAUCUUCUCCGAAAUUCAACCCAAAUGCAAUUGGUGUCCCUCAGCCCUACCUCAGCAAGCUCAAGUACAGGCGGACAGACCAUGAGGACCCACGGAUUAAGAAGACAGCUUUCCAGAUCAGCAUGGCCAAACCGAGACCCAACUCAGCUGAAGAGACCAACGGACCCAUCUAUGCCUUUGAAAACCUCCGGGCGUGUGAGGAGGCCCCGCCCAGUGCGGCUCACUUCCGUUUCUACCAGAUUGAGGGGGAUCGGUAUGACUAUAACACAGUCCCCUUCAAUGAAGAUGACCCCAUGAGCUGGACGGAAGACUACCUGACGUGGUGGCCCAAGCCAAUGGAAUUCAGGGCCUGCUACAUCAAGGUGAAGAUUGUGGGGCCCCUGGAGGUGAAUGUGCGGUCCCGCAAUAUGGGGGGCACCCACCGGCAGACGGUGGGGAAGCUGUAUGGCAUCCGGGAUGUGAAGAGCACACGGGACAGGGAUCAGCCCAAUGUCUCAUCUGCCUGUCUGGAGUUCAAAUGCAGCGGGAUGCUCUAUGACCAGGACCGCGUGGACCGCACCCUGGUGAAGGUUAUUCCCCAGGGCAGCUGCCAGCGAGCUAGCGUGAACUCCAUGCUGCAUGAGUACUUGGUCAACCACUUGCCACUGGCAGUCAACAAUGAUACCAGCGAGUAUACCAUGCUGGCGCCCCUGGACCCCCUGGGUCACAACUAUGGCAUCUACACGGUCACUGACCAGGACCCUCGCACAGCAAAAGAGAUCGCGCUUGGCCGGUGUUUCGAUGGAACAUCCGAUGGGUCCUCCAGAAUCAUGAAAAGCAACGUGGGUGUGGCCCUCACCUUUAACUGUGUGGAGAGACAGGUGGUCCGCCAGAGCGCCUUCCAGUACCUCCAAAGUUCCCCAGCCCGGCCGUCGGCUGCAGGCGCUAUCCGAGGAAGCUUUGCCUCCAGGAGGCAGCAGAGGGCAAGCAGGGCGAGCCUGCGUCGGCGAGGGGCGGCCUCUCAGAGGCCUGGUGGGGUUGCUCAACAGCCACUUAGCAACUAA